GAAACAUUGUCUGAUUUACAAAUAAAAGAUUGGUUAUGUUUGGAGAAAAUUUUCAUUAUCAUAAAAAAUAAAAUUUCAUUUCAGUAACAAUACCUUGUUCCUUUCUGCAACUUGCUGUUCAAGAUUGGCAAUUUUUUCUCUUAAACUUUCCUCAACCUCAACGGCUGCCUGUUUGGUCUCGGCUUCAGUUUGCAAAGCUGACAUAUCACUUAAUAAUUGGGCAUAGUCUUCUUUGGCUUUCUUCAAUUCCUAAAAACACAUUUAUAUGUAUUUUUAGGUACAGCAGCAUAAUAAAACAUUUGAUAAAAGUUUUUUUGAAACGAUUAACAAAUACACUGAGUAUUUAAUUUAAAAUGUUUGAAGUCAAUAAAUACUAUAAUAUGCAGUUUGCAAGAAGAUGCAUUCUGGUCAAAUUGAAUUUACAAUUGAAAAGUUAGGGUCAAGGAAGUGGUAAGCUGCAAUUUUGAAGAAAAUGAGUUAUUUGUGCCAAAUGCUACUUUUUACUUCUAUAGACUUGUAUAUGGUGUCUGUGUAUAUACAAACUUAUAGAAGGAUUACGUAACAAAUAAUGUUAUUGCUCCAAAGAGAUUUAUACCAUUUUCGAUGAAGAUUAUAAGCCACUAAAAAAAUUCACAUAACUUGGCUUUUUUAAUUCUAACUCAAAGCCCUUGAAUUGAUCUAGUAUCUGAAAAUUGUAUUAAGUACACCUAACAGAAAAAAUCUAAAAAAAAGUGUAGACUUAAAAAAAUGCAAACUAAUACAAACACGAAAUCCAUUUACAGAUAAAAGUAAACAUUUUAAAAGGAGCUUUAUUUUACAAAUAUAUUAAAAAACAAACAAAUAAUAAUGAAUGAUAGAUAAUAUAAAGAACUGGAUAGUACAAUUAAUAGCCACUAUCUAAAUUGCAAGAUAAAAAGAUAACAAUAUGUACAUUUUUGAAUUGAGCAAUCAAAUCACUGAAGUAGAAAGAUAUUUUUAAUAAGAUUUAAUAUAAGAUUAUUCUGUAUUGAAAAGAAAGAAAGGAAUCAUCAAAUCAAUUUCUUAUCCAUGAAUGGUUUCAGGUGAAUAGACGUUUACAGUCAUUGAACACAUGUUUGAACAAAAACAGUUCUGUUUAGGAAGUAAUCAGAGGGGGUAUGUGGCCAGAUCCUCAUUUAUUUAGUUUUCCACACAAAUAAACUCAAAAUCCAAUCGGUUGUAUCUAUUGCAAAAAAAUUCAUAGCUUUGGAACAAAUUUCACAGUGGAAACGGCAAGGACAGUCUGAGGACUUAUUUCACCUACCGGCCUCACUACUGUUGACGGAGUAGAAUUUGAGACAGUAAGAAUGAAACUUACAUGAAUAUGGUAAGUUAUAAGUUCUUUGAAAUAUGAAAUCGCAACAAUUCCAGCUGGAAAAAUCAGAUAUUUAAAUUUUUUUCAAAAGAAAAAGUGAUGCAAAAGCACAAUAACAAAGUUAAUUUGAAAAUUAUUAUUUUUGAAACUCUACAAUGCCAUAGUAAGAAUUGAAGGUGGCAAAGAUUUGGAUAAUUUCCUAAUGAGUAAACAUGUGAACUAAAAGAAACAAGCCUAGAAUGGGUAACCUAAUUUACUAAUUAUCUCAAAGCUUGGCUAUAAUAAUAUAAAAGGGUUGGGAAGCUGGUUAGGGGUGGCAGUCACAAUGAAAAAAAUAAUAUAUUGGGGUGCCCCUAAUCUUGAUAAACUGAAGAUUGGGAGUUCAAAUUCUGGUGCUUGGGAAAAAAAACCAUAUAGCCAAAAAGGUAAGGAAAAGUAGAAAAAAUAAGUGAAAAAAUAUUUCCUUGUGUGCCAAAAUCCAGGAGUUAGUAAGAACUGAGGAAAAACAAGAUAACGACCAAACAAAACAUGGUGGCAAAAAAAUAACAAAAUACAGAAAAAAAGUGUUAUUUAUAAAUAAAUAAAGUUAAAGUGGCUUUUCCUCUCCUGCUGCUGAUAAUGCUUUUUUAGUUCCAGCCUACACCAAAUAAUUGUCUUCCCUUUAGCCCGUGGCACAAACCACUUUUUUAAUAAAAUUAUUAACGUCUGCUGAAAGCUUCGUGCCUGGCUUCAUCUUAUUUUAAGCUAUAAAUUUUAUAUCCAUGAAAAUUUUCAUAAAUGGGGCAUUUUCUCAUUAAAUUAAUUACUAUAAUUAGGUACAAAAUACUCAUAAAUACCCAUGUGCUUUCCACUUGAAUCACAAGAUAAUUUGAUCACAAAAUCGAUAAAAAAGGUGGCCUACAAAAAUAUUGUGCUGUUGGUCUCGUCAUUUUGACAUGUUGAAGGUGGAGGUAAUGCCAAACGGUCCAAUAUUUUUGUAAGCCACGUUUAUUCCCAAUUUUCUGAUCAAAUUAUCUAACGAUUCAAGUGGAAAGCAAGUGGGUGGUUCAUGAGUUUUUAGUACCUAAUUAAAUAAACAAAUUUUACUAAUGUCUGGAUUGAAAACGAUUCAAUUCUGAGAACUUUUUUAAUAAAUAAAAAAAACUGUAGUUUACGAUGAGUCUAUUCAUGAAGUUUAAGGUGGAUGUAAAUAAUUUGAUAAAAAGGGGUCGGUACCAUGGACUACUACAUCUACAUUCUCCUACAUUUCAAACCUUUAGUUCAGUCACAGAAAACAAGAUUCCAUGUUUCUGACCCUUCACACACAACUAAAACCUUUGAAAGUUCCUUUCUUCCAUGUUCUACUGGCUUCUGGAAGUCCUCUGCCAUCUAAAAUUCGCCUUGCCUCUUUCCUAUCCUUAUCCAAAAAUCUUUUCAUAUCCUAAAUAGACGUAUUACGACCAUAAAAUGUAAUUUUAUGAAUGGAAUUUCGAUAGAAGUGAAUAAUAAUCCUCAAUCUCAAUAUUUGUUUCAAUUUUAAGGGUCGUCAUGUUGUUUAGUUUUGAUAAAUCAAUCAAAAGAGCAUGAUCAAAUCAAACCACCAGAUGAUCUUUUUUCAAGAAAUACAGUAUGUGAGCAGGAAACAGAAGAUGAGCAUGACAAAAGUAAAAGAAAAUAGAUCAUAUUUAUAUAUAAGAUUUGAAUUAAUCUAUGUCCAUAAGUUUUAAAAUUAUAUAUAUGAAUACAUGCUAAAAUAAUUUCAUUUAUCAAUCUAUUUUGUUUCCUGACAUUAUUUCGAUAAUGCAAGUUUAUAAAAAUCCAAGGGAGAUCCAGUCUCAUAUAAUUCAGAUUAUUGAGAAUCCACUAUAUAAAUAUAAUAGUAAUUUAAAAAAAAUUACUUGUUCUUUUUCCAAAACAGCAGAUUCAAGAGAGGAAACUUUCUUAAAUAAUUCUUCAUGUUCGGAAGCCUGAUGCCUCAGUUCGGCCUUAGCUAUAUCCAUCUCUUGAGAAACCUGAGCAUUUCUUAAAAGGGCGUCUUCUUUUAAGGCUUUUUCCUUUUCGGCUUCUCUUUUCAUCUCCUCAAACCUUUUAUGAAUUUCAGUUGAUUCCUGAGACAAAGCUUCCAACUUUGACUGCAAAUGUAAGACUGAAAAAGAAAAUUUAAUCAAGGAAAUAAGGUAUUUGGCCAAUCAAUUAAAAAUACAUUAUCAAAGAAAAGUUAAUGGAAGAUUGAAACUGGCUGGAAAUGAUUCUUUUUACAUUAAACAAUUUCCUUCUAUAAUCAGUUAAGUUUUAUAAUAAGAGGGAGAAAGGACUUAAAACCUCACAAAUAAAAACUAAUAUAAUUUAAGUAAGUACAUCUUAUAUCCCUGAAUCAAAUAGACUCACAAAAAAUGAGGAUGUGAUGGCCGAGCUAGAUGGGACGGUUCAAAACAUUGUGGGAUCAAUUCCCAUCUGGGUCAAUUAAUAUUUAUUUUUUGGUGUUUCCAAUCACAAUUAUGCAAUUCAUUGAUUGAAAGUUUACAUAUGCUUAAUUUCAACAAACAUAAAAGAUAGAAUUUCCACUAAAACUUAAAUAUUAGAAUUCACUUUGAAAGAACUAAAUUAUCAUGAUUAAAUACAGAGGAAGAUUUAAAAAAAGUAAAAUUAUUAUUAGAAAUAAAACAUACCUUCUUCAGCUGAUUUUUUAUCAUUUUCUUGUAAAUCUGCAAUCUCUUUUGAUAAUUUAUCACAUUUCGUUUUGUGAUUUUUCAAUUCCUCUUUGGCUGCAUCUAAUAAUCGCACAUUAUCGUGAAGUUCUUGCUCAUAUUUCUGCUUAAUUGUAACUAAUUCAUUUUGAACCUUAAAAAAAACACUAGUUUUAAAAUUAUUUCAUUUCAUUUUAUUAUAUAAAUCCAUGUAGUGUGAAAAUUAGUAUUGUAUCACAGUUUUUAAUUAAAAUAAUGGGGGUGUAAGAAAAAUUUUUGAUAUUUUUUUUUGGAAAUAGCGGUUUUGACAUUUUCUUCCUGAAAGCAUACAAAUUCUGUCUUAAGAAAAACCAGUAUUCACAAGUUGAAAUUGGUGGAGUAAAGUCAGCAUAGGCCUCACACUGCAUUGGUGACCAAAAAAAAAUUCUCUGAAAGUAGCAAAAAUAAGAUCUCCUAAUAGAACUUUAUACUUAUUAGCCAAGGUUUGGGGCUGUAUCCUCAUUAUCAACACUUGCUGAAUAUUUCAGUUUAUUUCAUCUGAAGAAAUUUAUUUGCUUUUUUAUUUUGACAAAUGAUCUUAAGGUUUGUGAUAGAUAAUUAAAAAAAAUUAGAUCUUUUAGAAGCUCAAUAGAAAAAUAAUUUAACUGUAUACAAAGUUUAUAAUUACAAAAAAAAACAAAAAAAAAAAACAUACUAGUUUAACCAGUAUUAGUGAAGAUACCAAAAAAAACAACAAAAACAAUGUUUAUAUAAUAUUUACUAUACAGAUAUUUAUGCUAUGUAAUUAUUUAGACAUAAUAAACCAUUGUGUGAUAGUUUGCAGCAGUUUUUUAAUCUAAUAGAUUUGUCACUAUUUGUAUGGAUUCUAUGUUGUUGAACUGUCUUUGUGGCGACAAUAUUGCUCAUUUAACAAAGGAAUCAUGGCGGAGUUGUAUUGGGCUGCCACAAGCCAAAUGGCCUAAUAGCCAACGUCAGAGGCGUUUAAUAAAAAAAACAAAAACAUUUGUAUGAAGUGCUGCCAAUGGGUAGUUUCUUCACAAGUUACUAUUAUGUUUUAUAUUUUUAUUAUUAUUAUCAUGGUGCUACAACUCGGUGACGAGCCUUGGCCUCCUCCUGUCAUCUCUGUUCUGUGCGGCCAUCAUCCUGGCGUUCGGCAGCUCCUGACUUCCAGGACAUUUCUUGAAUCUCUUGCCAUACAGUCUGCCCAUCUUAGUUUUGGUCUACCUCUUCUUCUUGUGCCGUAGAGAGGUUCUGUCAGGAUUAUCUUAGGGAUUGCUUCAUUCUCCAUCCUUGCCACAUGGCCAGCCCAUCCCAAUCUUCCAAGAUUCAUCCUCAGAACGACAUCUUGAUCAUUAAAGGUUGAGCAAAUUUCGGUAUUUGUCCAUCUUCUCCAAUUUCCAUCAAUCUGUACUCCUCCAAAUAUUCUUCGAAGAAUUUAUACAUUUUAUGUAUAAUAUAUUUUUAUACCAGAUUAAUUUAUUUAGUCUCUAUCCCUAAGGGGCAUUGGCUUAUAGUCUCAAUUUCAUAUUCUGUGACAAAAAUGUCUUUCUUUUAAAUAUUCCAACAGUUUUCCUAUUUCUUUUUCCUCAUCUUGCAGAUUUUUUUCAUUUCCGCUCCCAUUUGUAGAUUUUCCAUUAGAUCAGUGUAUCUAAGGGAAAUGUAUUUGUAUUAUAUUUAUACAGUUGUAAACCGUUGUAACAGUCUGAAUAACAAGGAACUAACCAACUCUUGCCAUCUUCAGCUACCAGCAAAUAUUGGUCAGUACUGAUAUUCAUCAAACAGAAAUAUUAACAAUGGCCUCAAAGUCAAAGUAUUCUCACGUUUGGCAAAAACAGAAAAAAAGCAAUAUUAUGCAAAAUAGUCUUGGGAAAGGGUUGGGGUGGCCAAGAGGGCUAAUGCAGUUGUAAAUGAUAAAUUCUGGCCCCCUGCUCUCUCUCUCUGGCUCAGGGAAAAUUCCAUAUGGCCAAAAAGUCAAGACAGCUGAGAGAAAAAAUGUAGGCUUGGAAAAGCCAUCAUUAAAGAUCAAUUGUUAUCCAGGUGUUCCAUUAAAUAAAGACCGAUCUCAAAUUUUAAUUUCUCUCUUUGCAGUCUAAUUCAAUGUUCCCAUACAUUACAGCUACUUCUCCACUAUGGCAUUUCAAUAAUAAUGUAACCUAAACAUAAGAAUACCUUUGAGUUCAAACAAGUACUUAAAACAUUAAUUAAAUAUUAACAAUCUCAAUUUGAACCCUCAUAUUUUCUUCAAAUGGUUAAAUAUUUAUGCCAUUUUAUUUAAGUCAUGUACCAGUAGUGUAAAUAAUGCCAAAGAAUCUGAUUCAUUUGGAAUUAGAUAUUUCAACCAAAUUAUAUAAAAAGAUUGUUUUUUUCACUUUUUAUUUAUUGUAACCAUAAUUAUGUUCUAAUUAGUAUCUUAAAAAAUAAUUUUUAAAAAUGUUGCAAAAUUAAGUUGUGCAUAGAGAAUAAGGAUAAAAUUGGUUAUUUUUCUGGGCCGUACGGAAGAAACGCUUGCAUUGGAAUGCAGUCCUCCUUAGUUACAUCAUUGUCAAGGACUCAGGACAACUUCUGGACAAGAUUAUGUGGCUGACCUAUUUGCAGAGGAUGGAGGAGCGGAAUAUCCCAAAGAAUCUUCUGGACAGAUACCCUGAUAGAGGACAAAGAAGGGGGCAUCCCAGAUUAUGGUGGCUGGAGGAGGACCUGAGGACACCUGGAGUCCAAAGGUGGAAAAGAGUGGCUUUGGGCAGGGACGAAUGGCAGAGAGUUGUGGAGGAGGACAGAGUUCUGCAAGGACCGUAGUGCCAUCGAAAGAAAGAAGAAGCCAAAUCCACACUCCCUGCUAUUACGUCAACAGAAAUAAAAUGUCAGUCUGACUGAUAUGUGUAGGGGGGACAUCGUGACAGAACUCAUUCUCAUCAAUCUUAAGACUGUCAUUCUUCACUGACUAUGUAGGAUCUGCUUUAAACCUAGAUAAACAUUCACCACUAUUUUACAGAAUGAAUAAUGAUUAUUGUUUAAAAUAUUAAAAAACAUUUAGAGUAGUUUAAAAAAAAAUCUUAUUCAUAGAAAACUAAUUCAAAAAUACCUUAAAAAUGUUAAAUAUUAAUACAAAUCUACAUCAUAAAUACCUAAUAUACAAAAUAAAAAAUUUUCAAUUCUUAAAACAAAAAAAACAACUUCUAAUAUGUCACAGGCUCAAAAAGUACCUGAGAAUGCUGAGUUUUCUCUAUUUCUAACACUUCUUCGAGUCUUGUAUUAGCAUUCGUUAAAUUCAAGAGACUUUCUUCAGCGUCUCUAAGUUUCCUGGUGAGAUCUGAUAUAGUAGUUUUGUCUUUAUCCUAAAUAAAAUAUAAUGGUAAGACAUGUUAUCAAGAGAAAUAUUAAAUUCAGUAAGAAAGUAUCCCCACAUUUCAUUUAAUAAAUUAAGAACAAAUAUAAAAGCAGGCAUAAUUUGCAAAAGCAUGACAUAACAUGAUACACAACAUUAAACAAAAUAAAAAGAAAAUUAAAGGAAAUACUAAUUUCAAUAAAUUUACUUCAAAAGAUUUUAUUUCUUACAUAAUUACAAGUGGAUUAUUCAAUAAUUAAUAAUUAAAACUUUGAAAGGGUAACUGCUUCAUUUUAUGAUACACCAUAAUUAAAAAAAAAAAAAAAGAAUACAAUAUUAUCAAUGAUACCUCUUUUAAAAACUUUUACAUUAUAUCUAACACUCUAAACAGGAAAUAAAAAAUUUAAAAACCCAUAAUGUACUAAUUAAUGGUUCUUCAUUUCAUUUUCAUGCAUCUCAUGCAGACGUGCUCUGUACUGGUUCUGAAGACAUGCACAUAUAAUGUUGAUAAGAAAAAAUAUUUACAAGUUAAAAAUAAUUUGGUAAAAACUAAAACUAUUAUUAUAAAUAAAAUAAAACAUUAACUGCAUAUUUUUUCAGAGUUGACCAAUUUCAGCAUUUACACUACCAUUUGAACUAUAUUACUCAAACUAAAAGAAAACUAACAAAAAAAAAUGUUGUAUUUACUACAGCAAAUCUUGAUCUGUGAACUUACAGAAAAUAAAAAAUAACCAAAACUGUCAGAAUUAACAGGAUGUAUAUAAUGACAUUUUUAUUUUUUUUUAAUAUUGCUGCAUAAAUAACAGUUAAAAAUAAAACAAAGGGGAAAAAUCAUAGAUUAAUAAUAAAAAUGUCUAAAAAAAAAAGUAAGAAUUAUUGAAUCCAUUACACUAAUGCAUAAAAAUCUGUGGACUAUAUGUGUUGUUCAGUUAUUACUGAAAGGAAAAUUCAUACUAUGAAAAUUGUAUUUUCGAAACAUGAAAGAGCAUUAACUUACAAACAGGCACUUAGCAUUUUUCACACUCCAGGAUCAAGUGUCUCUUUUAAUCAUCUGACACAAUUAAUAACAACGCAAUUGAAAAAAUUCAGAAUUUUCUGUGUAAAUCUAUAUUCUCAAAAAAAAAAAAAAAAAAAAGUAAAUAUAUUAAAUUCCAUUUUCCUACCACUGCUACGUAAGGAAAGUAUUGAGAUUGGAUCAAACUUUUUGAUGUAUAGUUUUCAACAGAUCUCUAUGUUUUACAGCCCCUCAUGUCCAAAAAAACUCAUACUUACCUAGGCUUAUACAUAUUCAUAAGUACGUAAAUAAUGAUUUUUAUAUUUAAACAUUUUUUCCCCUCAUCUAAAAGAAAAAUACAAAUCAAUCACGGAUUUAUUGACCAGUGAAUCUCAAAAAUGAAAAUGAAAUUUGAAUGUUAGUUCCCAUUAUGUUGGUUUUGAGGGUAAGCUGAUGAGGACAGGUUUGAAUUGUAUUCCAAGAGGUUAAAAAAAAAAAAAGUCUAAAACCUUAAAAUAAGAAUAACAAAAACUAUUUAUAUCUACCUGUAAAAUUAAAGAUAGACUUACAAUAAGUGCAUUGGCUCCUUUCAGUUCAGAGGCAAGCGAAUCAACUUCUUCCGACAGUUUUGCAGAUUUUGUAGAAAUUUUAUCCCUCAUUUUAGCCUCUUCUUCAAGCUUAGCCUCAAGUUCUGCGACUCUGCUUUCUGCUCUCCUCCUCUCAGCACCUUCCUCGCCAGCCUGCCUGCUCAACCUGCCAACCUAAC